AUGGCAUUCUCAAAGGAAAACAAUAGUAAGGGACAAAAGAAGUCCUUUUUAAAAACCGCAGUAUUUUCUCUUUUAUUCUUAUGGAUGGCCCAUUGCUCAAAUAACGUUGAAGGAACUAUGAAGGACUCAAGAGUUCAAAGAUCAUUAGCAGUAGCAAAGCCCAAUAAGAAAAAGAACCCCUUAAUGAAAACCCGUGUAGUAAAGGAAAUUACUCAUGGUGGAUUUAAAGAAUAUGAAGAAAAGUACGAAUCCAAACACUACAAAUUAAAAGAAAAUGUAGAAAGUGGAAAUAAGAACUGCGAUGAAAAAUAUGAAGCAGCAAAUUAUGGAUUUAGAGAAAAAUGUCCAUAUGAAGUAGACCCAUAUGGAGGUGCUGCAGGACCAGAUAUUUUCUUAUUAAGAAAAAGAUUCCCCUUUGGUCCAGAUAACCAAUAUGAAGAUGAUGAAGAUGAUUUAUUUGAACCAGAAAGUUCAGAAGGAUACCCAAGAAUACUAAGGCACUAUGUAGAAGAAGAUGAUUCUAGAGGAAAAAAUAUCAAUAGCCCAUAUCCAGAAAACUUCAGUAGUUUUAAAGGUUCAAACAAAAAAUGUUCAAGUGCUGGUACGGUAAAGGGAGAAAGUGAUGGAACACCUACAGGAAAGGGAAAAAAAGUAAUUAAACGUAAUGCUACUAAUCCAGUUGCACCAGGAAAGGGAAAAAAAGAUACCGAAAAUUAUGAUAAAAUACUGGAUGAUGUAGAUACAAAUAAAAAUGGUAAAAAAGAAAAAGCUAAACCAUGUUGUAACACAAAAACAAAAUCUAAAAAAAAUUGA